AUGUUAUCUGAUAAAUUGAACAAGCUUAUUGCGGGUGACGAUAUUAAAGCAAUACAGAGGAUUGUUAUAUCUAUUGGACAUAUAUGUGUAAAGGAAACAUCAUCUACUCAGCUCGAUAAGGCCCUAAAUUUGAUUUUCAGUCUCUGUCGAUCUAAGGUUGAGGAUGUUCUCUUUGCUGCUGGGGAGGCCCUUUCUUUUUUGUGGGGUGGUGUUCCUUUCAAUGUUGACAUUAUUCUUAAAACUAACUAUACUUCGCUGUCCAUGGCAUCAAAUUUUUUGAUGGGAGAUUUGACUUCUUUGCCUAAGCAGAGUUCUAUCGAACAAAGUGAAUAUAGUGGAGAUUAUCAUGCUUCUGUGAGAGAUGCGAUUACCAAAAACCUCUUCGAUGUUCUUUUAUUUAGUAGCAGGAAAGAAGAGAGAUGUGCUGGAACUGUUUGGCUUGUUUCACUUAUAAAGUACUGCAGCAAUCAUCCUACUAUUCAGCAAAUGCUUCCAGAAAUUCAGGAGGCUUUUUCUCACCUUCUUGGUGAACAAAAUGAACUCACACAAGAGUUGGCUUCUCAAGGCAUGAGUAUUGUGUAUGACAUUGGUGAUGAAAAUAUGAAAAAGAAUUUGGUGAAUGCACUUGUCAGCACAUUGACUGGGUCAGGGAAACGGAAAAGAGCCAUCAAACUUGUUGAAGACACUGAAGUAUUUAUGGAUGGAUCUCUUGGUGAAAGUUCUAGUGGAGGGAAACUGAACACUUAUAAGGAGUUGUGUAACUUAGCAAAUGAGAUGGGACAACCGGACUUAAUAUACAAGUUCAUGGAUUUAGCAAAUUAUCAAGCUUCUCUGAAUUCAAAGAGGGGUGCUGCUUUUGGCUUUUCUAAAAUAGCAAAACAUGCAGGGAAUGUUCUUAAGCCAUAUUUACGUUCAUUAAUCCCAAGGCUUGUACGCUACCAAUAUGAUCCUGACAAAAAUGUGCAGGAUGCAAUGGUACAUAUAUGGAAGUCACUUGUGGAUGAUUCAAAGAAAACCAUUGACGACAAUUUAGAUAUCAUAAUUGAAGAUUUGUUAGUACAAUGUGGAUCCAGGCUUUGGCGGUCACGCGAGGCAUCAUGUCUUGCCCUUACUGACAUCAUUCAAGGACGAAAGUUUUAUGAGGUUGGGAGGCAUUUAAAGAGAUUAUGGUUUGUAGCAUUUCGAGCAAUGGAUGACAUAAAAGAAACUGUCAGAAUUUCUGGUGAAAAAUUAUGUCGUGCUGUAACUUCCUUGACAACAAGACUCUGUGAUGUCUCUUUAACUGAAAUGUCAGAUGCACACAAAGCAAUGGAUAUUGUUUUACCCUUUUUGCUUGCAGAGGGUAUACUAAGUAAAGUUGAUAGUGUCCGCAAGGCAUCAAUUGGAGUUGUUAUGAAGCUUACAAAGCAUGCUGGAACUGCGAUUCGUCCACAUAUGUCUGAUUUAGUGUGCUGCAUGCUUGAAAGUUUGUCAAGCCUAGAAGAUCAAUCACUCAAUUAUGUCGAGCUUCAUGCAGCAAAUGUAGGAAUACAGUCAGAAAAGCUUGAGAGUUUGAGAAUUUCCAUAGCCAAAGGCUCUCCUAUGUGGGAAACUUUAGAUUCAUGCAUAAAAGUUGUUGAUGCAGAAUCAUUGAACACAUUAAUCCCACGACUUGCUCAUUUAGUGCGAUCUGGAGUGGGCCUUAACACUAGAGCUUCUGUUGAUUCAGAUAGUGGGUUUAGUAGAGAAAGCAUGGUUGGUGUUGCCAAUUUCAUUUCCUUGUUGCUUGAAAGUGUUGGUAUUGACAUCAAGCCAUAUGCAAAUAUGUUGGUGAGAUUGUUGUUUCCAGUUGUUAAGGAGGAAAAAGGUACUGCUGCAAAACGUGCCUUUGCAAGUGCCUGUGCGAAAAUCUUAAAGUAUACACCAGUCUCACAAGCACAAAGACUUAUUGAAGAUACUGUAGCUUUGCAUUCUGGUGACAAGAAUUCUCAAAUUGCAUGUGCAUUUCUCUUACGGAGCUAUUCAUCCAUGGCCUCGGAUGUUGUUAGUGGAUAUCAUGCAGCUAUCAUUCCAGUUAUUUUCUUUUCAAGGUGUGAUCUUCUUGAUGUCAUGAUGGCGCUUUUUAUAUUUGAAGAUGAUAAAAAUGUCUCUGCCCUAUUUGAGGAAUUAUGGGAAGAAUAUACAAGUGGGGAUCGAAUCACUCUCCACUUAUACUUAGGAGAAAUUGUUUCACUUAUUUGUGAGGGCAUGUCAUCAUCGUCAUGGGCAAGCAAAAGAAAAUCUGCACAGGCUAUAUGUAGGCUUAGUGAAGUUUUGGGUGAAUCUCUUUCUUCUCACCAUAUGGUUUUGCUUCAGUCUCUCAUGAAGGAAAUUCCUGGUCGCCUAUGGGAGGGUAAAGACGUGCUAUUGCUCGCAGUAGGUGCUCUAUGUACAUCCUGCAAUAAAGCAAUUUUAGCUGAAGGUUCCUCCUCUUCCAUUGCCAUUCUGAAUAUGUUAUCAUCUGCAUGCACCAGAAAGGAGAAAAAGUAUCGUGAAGCAGCACUUUCCUCUCUUGAACAGGUUAUAAAAGCUUUGGGCAAUCCAGAGUUCUUUAAUAUGGUUUUUCCCUUGUUGUUUGAUCUAUGCAAUUCAGAGCCCCUUAAGUCUGGACAAGCUCCUUUGGUCAGUGAUCCUGCUGAAUCAGGGUUGGGCAGUGAAGAGAUUUCUGUUCCACAUAACAAAAUUGUUGACUGUUUAACCUCUUGUAUCCGUGUGGCACAUAUAAAUGAUAUUCUUGAGAAGCAAAAGAGCUUAAUGCUCAUGUAUAUAGCAUUCCUGAUGCCUGAACAUAAAUGGACUGAACUUUGCUCAAGGCUCCAGAAUGAUGUGAAGGACUCCCAGGGAAAUCACGAACUUGCUGGUGCAACUUCUUUUGUUCAGGAGGUGGUAAUCGAGGCUCUCUCAGUUCAUAUUUCAGCUUCAGAAUGUCUUCUGGAAGUCAUGAAACUUUCCAUGGACGCCCCGUUUGUUGGCGCCGUCAAUGAAACAUUCAAGGACGAGCUGCUUCAUCAGUACGAGAUAGAGAAGAACGAAGGUGCAAAAUCAAUAUUAAGAAAAUGUGUCAACAUUCUUCAAGACUGGAAACAAUAA